AUGAAGGAGUGUAAGUUAUAUGAUAUGGGAUCUAGUGGUCCAAAGUUUACUUGGAGGGGAGGGAUGUAUCAUGGUGGCCAGAGGAUUUAUGAAAGAUUAGAUAGAGCUCUUGGUAAUGAGGAGUGGAAACUUCUUCUCCCUGAUAGUUUCGUUAAGGUGCUGCCUAGGGUGAAUUUUUCUGAUCAGCAUCCCAUUAUGGUUUCGCUGAAUAGGGAUUAUUAUGUUAAUGGUGGCCGUCAGUUUAGAUUUGAAAGUGCGUGGCUAGUGGAGCAUGAUUAUACUAGCAGAGUUAAAGGGCUUUGGAAGAAUGGUGAGGAUAUCAUGUCUAAUCUUGAUAGGAUCAAAUGUGAUGCGAAGGAGUGGAAAAAAUGGAAUGGUGACCGCAAUACUCGAUACUAUCAUAUUAAGGAUGUGAAUAGAAGAAGGCGUAAUAAUAUUCAGAUGCUGCAAGAUAAUGAUGGGAAUUGGAUUGACAAGCCAAAAGAACUUAGGGAGCUUGUUAACAACUUUUAUAAAGAUUUAUUUAAGAUAAGUAGUAUUGGCAGUGGCAGGUUUCAAAGUAAAUUGACGUAUCCGCCUCUUCAUGAUGAGGAGCUCAACAAGCUGAACGAUAAUGUUACUGAAUUGGAGAUAAAAAGUGUUGUCUUCAGUAUGCAGCCUUGGAAAGCACCGGGGCCUGAUGGCUUUCCGGCUGGCUUUUAUCAACGAUCUUGGAACAUGGUGGGUAAUAGUGUGGUAGCUUUAGUUAGACAAGUGUAG